CGGUCCGAAGCGCGCCGAAAUAACUAGAAAGCGCCACGUCAAAAUAAUCCAAAAAAAUAAUCCGAAGAAACGCCCAAAAGCAGAUGUGGGAAAUAUCUGGAGAAGGCUAUAAAUGCCCCUUCCCAGCUGACUAUCACAGGAGUUUUCUGGAUUUCUCUACAUGUAAAGCCGUUCUUAUCACACAGCAGAGUAUCACAAAAAGCUGUUCACAGCGAAAAACAAACCUCAAGCUUCGUCUGAAACGCAGCAUUCUUGAUCAGAAAAGAAGAGAUCGAUCACAAUCACAAGGGUUUGUUCGAUUGGCAUGUUGUCGAAGAUUACACCUGAGAGUGCAGAUUCUGAAAGUCAUAUUAGAAGUAAUACCCAGAAUACGGAUUUGGUUGUUAGCUUCGGAGAAUAGCAAUACCUUUAUUGCUUGAUUGUUGCUUGAAAGGUGGUUGCGGUUGCUGUGCAAUACAAUUAAACGAUCCCUGUGUAUUGAAUUUUGCAAAGAUGGGUGCUUGUGAUCGAGGUACUAAAGAGACCUCUCUGCCCUUGAAUGUUUCCCGGAAGAAGAAGUCGAGGAGUAGAGGUGAUGGAUCUCUGUCCGUGGCUGAAACCCUCGCCAAGUGGAGAGAGUAUUACGCCCGGCUGGAUUCUUGCAAUGAUGAGAUUAAACCGAUUUGUAGAGCUCCCGCCGUUGGGUCGAAGAAGGGCUGUAUGAAAGGGAAAGGAGGACCUGAGAACUCGCGAUGUAAUUACAGAGGGGUGAGGCAGAGAACAUGGGGUAAGUGGGUUGCAGAAGUUCGAGAGCCAAAUAGGGGGAAGAGACUUUGGCUUGGUACUUAUCCAAAUGCAGUUGAAGCUGCCUGUGCCUACGAUAAAGCUGCAAGGACCAUGUAUGGUUCUUAUGCUCGCCUCAACUUUCCGGAUUGUUGUCCGGUCACCACUUCAUCAGGCAUUUGCUCAGUGUCAACUCCAUUCGGUUCAGAUUCCACAACUACAUCAAAUUACUCCGAGGUCUAUCCCAAUGUGAAGAAUGAGGAUGGGGAAACUGAAUCAGGAAUGGAUAAUCUGCACGCCGCAGUCUCUGAAAUUAGAAGACCAAGUAGUACGAUGCAGCCAGAAGCGAAGGAGUCAUCCUUACAUGUUACAAAUGGCACUUGCAGUGACAUGUAUAAAGUUAAGCAGGAGACGGAGGAUGAGCCUAUUGACUUUAAGAACGAUUGUUGGAACAAUGGACAGGAGUAUUUGGAGGGUCCCGUGGAGGAAAUGUUUGAUGUGGAUGAACUUAUGGGGCUCUUAGACAGUAAUCCUCUUGGCAACAAUAAAUCCAUGCUAGCUUUGGGUUAUGAUGCUGGUCAAAUAGGGCUCCCCGACAGCAAUCAAUGCGAGAAACCAACAAGUUUGUCAUACCAGUUUCAGAAUCCAGAUGCCAAGUUGCUGGGGACACUGAAUCAUAUGGAGCAGGCACCUUCCGGAGUUGAUUAUAGCUUUGACUUCUUGAAGCCGGAUAGGCUGGAUGAUGAGAAGAAUGGGACGGAUGGAUACUUUAAUUUAGGAUGAUCAGAUUUUAGAUUUUGAGAGAGGAGAUGAAUGCUUGAUAUGCUUGUACUUUUUUUAUUGCUGACCGAGCUUAUUUUCUACAGGUUUUAGAUUCCCCAAUUUAGCUUGUUUUUCUUCAUCUUAUACCACUUCUGAAAAAACAGAGUUAAAUGGAAUGACCUUUAAAGGUGUCCGUGUACUUUAUAUGGAUGUAUGUAUAAAAAAACGGAGUUUUUAGUUGUGUA